AUGUACAUUGAAGCAUUCACUUCUCAGACUGAUUUUCUUUGCAGCCUUGUAACAAAGUUCUACCAGCACAUCCUCGCCUUGGUGUUUGCCAUCCAUGAGAUCAACAAGAACCCCAACACUCUUGGGUUCCACAUCCAUGACUCCACCAUGAAUCCAAAAUGGACGUACAGGACCAUCCUGGACCUGCUCUUCACAUCACUUGAACUCGUCCCAAACUUCAAAUGUGGCACCCAGAAAAAAGUGAUGGGUGCCAUUGCAGGACAUAGUUUGGAAACCUCAUCAGACAUGGCAACUCUCUUAAGCCGUUACAAGAUCCCACAGGAAGCCCUUCAGUAUGAGGGAAUUCUCCAGCUACUUCUGCAUUUCGGCUGGAAAUGGGUUGGGCUCAUCACUCUGGAUGAUGAAGGUGGAGACCAUUUCUUGCAGGUGAUGGAGCCGAAGCUUUCCAGCAAUGGAAUCUGUGCGGCCUUCAUAGAAAGGGCUACAACACAGGUCCAGUUGAAUGACAUCAAUUUUAUGAUCAAAUACUAUGGCAAUAAUAAAGCAAAUUUCCUGGACAACAAAGCCAGUAGAAUCGCUUUCAACAACAGUGCCGGUGAUGAAGUGACCUUUAACGAACGUGGAGAAUUGAAAGGUGGAUUUGAUAUUACCAACUUGGUCACUUUUCCAAAUAGGUCCUACGUCAAAGUCAAGAUCUGGAGGCUGGAUCCUCAGGUUCCGCUUAGUAAAAGAGUUAGUAUCAACGAGGACAGAAUUAAGUGGAACAGACAUUUUGCACAGCUGCCUCCUUUAUCUGUGUGUAAUGAGAACUGCAAGCCUGGUUACAGCAAGAAAAAGAAGGAAGGGGAGCAAUUCUGCUGCUACAGUUGUGAUCCGUGUCCAGAAGGGAAAAUGUCAGACAAAGAGGACAUGGAUUCUUGCAUGACUUGCUCUGAAGGUUAUUAUCCAAACCUGGGACAAGAUCAAUGCAUUCCCAAGAUUCCAAAUUUUCUUUCCUUUUCCGGACCCUUGAGCAUGCUUUUAGCCUUUUUGGCUUUCUCCUUUUCUCUGAUCACAACCCUGGUGCUUGCAAUCUUUGUCAAGUAUAAAGACACUCCCAUUGUUAAAGCCAACAACCGGAGCCUCACCUACUGUCUACUCAUCUCUCUCCUUCUCUGCUUCCUCUGCUCCUUGCUCUUCAUCGGAAGGCCCAACAAGGUGACCUGCCUCCUCCGUCAAACAACUUUUGGCAUCGUCUUCUCAGUUGCUGUUUCUUCUGUCUUGGCAAAAACUGUUACGGUCAUUCUUGCAUUUAUGGCCUCUAAGCCAGGAAACAUUUUUCGAAAGUGGGUGGGGAAACAAUUGGCAUAUUACAUUGUUAUCUCUUGCUUCUUUGUUCAAGUUGUCAUUUGUGCUGUUUGGUUGGCAUCUUCUCCUCCCUUCCCAGAUGUGGACACACAUUCACUCAGUAGAGAAAUCAUUGUGCAAUGCAAUGAAGGGGCAGCCACCAUGUUUUACUGUGUCUUGGGCUACAUGGGCUUACUGGCCUCAGUCAGUUUCAUGGUGGCUUUCCUGGCCAGAAAGUUGCCCGACAGUUUCAACGAAGCCAAGUUCAUCACCUUCAGCAUGUUGGUCUUCUGCAGUGUUUGGUUGUCUUUUGUCCCCACCUACCUGAGCACUCAAGGAAAAGAUACGGUGGCCGUCGAGAUCUUCUCUAUCUUGGCCUCCAGUGCUGGGUUGCUGGGCUGCAUCUUUUUUCCAAAGUGCUAUGUCAUUAUCCUGAGGCCUGAAUUGAACAGAAGAGAGCAGCUGAUAAGGAAAAAGCAUUAA